CUUCAAGAUGUCGCUGUCUUCGAAGAGCCGAAGAUUAAGUUAGAGCAGUACCCAACAACGCCUCAUUUAGCAGCACGGAUGCUGUACACUGCUCACACGACCUAUGAUGACAUUGAGAAUAAAGCUGUAGGAGACUUUGGGUGUGGUUGUGGUAUCCUCAGCAUCGCAGCCGCAAUGAUGGGAUCAGCGUACAAUGUUGGCUUUGAUAUCGAUCCUGAUGCCAUCGCAAUUGCCCUGCGAAACUGCGAGGAGUUUGAGAUCGAGAUGGAUUUUAUUCUAGCAGAUCUUUCAGAAUCAGCGGUUCUACCGUCCUCGAGUGGCAAUUCAACUAGCAGUCAUGAUUCUUUUACAAUGAUGAAGGGCAAGCUGGAUACCAUCCUUAUGAAUCCCCCCUUCGGAACCAGAGAGAAAGGGAUCGAUAUGGUGUUCCUUAAGAGAGGUAUCGAUCUUGCCAACCAUGCUGUUUAUUCUCUCCACAAGACCUCGACACGUGAACAUAUUCUGAAAAAAGCAAAGGAGUGGGGUGUCAAAUGUGAAGUUGUCGCAGAAUUACGCUACAAUCUGGAUAAAAGCUACAGUUUCCACAAGAAGAAGUCACAGGAUAUCGCAGUUGAUUUCUUAAGAUUUGAAAAGUGUCUAUAAUAAUAAUAAUAAUAAUAAUAAUAAUAAUAAUAAUUGCCC